AUGGAAGAUGUGCUGCGAGAUGUGCUGGACAGCGACAAGAAGACAUUGGUGAUUGCUCUGGGAAACGUUGCGCGAAAGUUCUUCGAGCAGGAUUUGAGGCACAAGGCGCGGGAGCACCCGUGUUUCAACGCCAUUGAUGAUAUUGUGCGCGGUAGACGAAACAUCAAGGUUCUUUUCCUCGACAAGCUGCAGUAUUUGUACAUGUAUCUUACUUAUGUGGAGAUAGAGGUGGAGCAGCACUCGAGAGGCGACACUUUGAGCAGCUACGAAGAGAUAGUGAUAUAUGGGCUGGAGUCGCUGGUGUUUCCCCACGAGAAGGAGGAGGAAAAGGAGGAGAAGCAGGAGAAGAUGUCUCCAGAACAGUUGAGGAACCUCAACCUUAUUCUGCACGGCGCGAUGCGGCUUGAAAAACGGUACGCGAUCCGGGUACGGCUGGUGAAUGCGGUAGAUCUUGGCGUGCAGGUUCACAGCUGGGAUGCGCUGUCGAGGUACUGGAGAAGACGCGUCCUAGAAUAG